AUGCCGUCGCAUCCCGCGCGUCGCCACGUCGAGAGGACGGCACCCGCCAACCAUGGACGAUGGCGUCGCAUUCCGCGCGUCAUGGGUGAAAGGGGACAGAGCCCUCUGCAGGUGGUCGGAGCGGCUACGUCGAGAGGCUUCGGCUUCUACCAUGGCCAAACCCGACGUGUUCGCCAUGGCCUGGUCGGCUGCGGAAUCCAGGCCGCGUACCGAAGAAAUGGCCAGGCGGCGAGAGGACGCACCCGCCAACCAUGGACGAUGGCGUGCCCUCUGCAGGUGGUCGGAGUGGCUACAUCGAGAGGCUUCGAGUUCUACCAUGGCCAUGGCCAUUGCGACGCGGCCGCCGUCGUCGUCGUCACGCCGGCACCCCUUGUCCGGUCUGAGCGGGACGAAGAGACGAUCGACGAGGCUCGACCGUGA